UUCUCCGUAGCUGCGCCCCGUCAGCAGCUCCUGCAGAAACAGAAAGCUGGAGAGAAAAACAGCCUCCCUCUCUUUCCCUCUCUCUCUCUCCCUUUAUCUCUCUAUCUCUCUCUAUCUCUUUCUCUCUGUUCGGUUCUGCUCGCGCGCUCCGGUUCUGCCCCGGUUCUGGUCAUGCGCGCGCCCGGCUGUGCGGUUUAGGCGGAGUUUACAGCGCUGGUCACUCAGCUCUGCUCUCUCAGGUUGAUCUUGCGUUCCUGUGUUCCUGCCAUGUCGUCGGGCUCUGAGACGGUUCAUUACAUCCAUCUGCACAACGCCAGCCAGUCGGUGCUGGAGGCUCUGCGCACUCAGCGGCGUAAGGGCCUGUUCUGUGACGUGACGGUGCGGAUCCACGACGCCUCGCUGCGUGCCCACGCCUGCGUCCUGGCCGCCGCCAGCCCCUUCUUCCAGGACAAGCUGCUGCUCGGCCACUCUGAGAUCUCGGUGCCGCCGCUGGUUCCCGCGGAGACGGUGAAGCAGCUGGUGGACUUCAUGUACAGCGGCUCUCUGGUGGUGCUCCACUCGCAGGCGCUCUGUAUACUGACCGCCGCCAGCAUCCUGCAGAUCAAGACCGUCAUCGACGAGUGCACGCAGAUCAUAUCCCAGAAACGGCCACUGGGGGCCGCCAUGCCCAAACAAGAGGAGCAGGGGGGCGGCAAGGGGCGUGAGAGCGUGGGAAACGUGGGCGGAGUUGGCCCCGGCGCUUUGCAGGGAUAUAGUUACCCCAUAGGUGACUGUGGGGCGGGGGUGGGGUCAGCUCCGGGUCUGCCGGACCCUCAACCUAUGGGUGGGGGGGGUCAGCCAGACUCCUCCGGAUUGGAUGGAAUAAUGCCACCGCUGGGCGAUUUGCUGGGCCGGGGGGAGGGGCUUGGAGCGCCUGGAGGUGGGGCUAUGAUGAAACCCACCAGUUGCACUCAGGAGAUCAACUACAUGCUGAACCAGAACGCGGAACGAAGCAGCGCAGGAGGACAGAAUCAGAGCCAGAACCAGAACAUGUCUGAUCCAGGAAGAGCCCAUAUGAACACCCCUGCUCCCACGGUGAUGGGCAGAGACGGUCUCCGUGGUAAUGGGGGGGCGGAGUUUGUUGAGGAGCUGACGGUUGGAAUGGAGAGAUUUAAUGAGGAAGAGGAUGUGGAGGAGAGAGAGAGGGAUGGAGAGAGAGAGAGAGGAGUAGGGCAUAGCCGGAAACAGAGGCAGCCACUACGACUGCAGGUGCUGGGAGGUGAGCAGGUGGUCGUGAAGGAUGAAGGUGUUCAGGAAGGAGACAAUCUGUUUGAUCUGGAGGAGCGACGUGAUACUCACGACAACUCACACCAAUCUGCGUACGGACAGGGUGGCUUUUAUGAAGAGCAGGCCGUGUUCGCUGGAGGCUUUUGGCCACAGGCGGACGCGUCUCAGACUCUGGUGGCUAACCCCCGUUCCCGCAGCAACAAGCCGCUGUCUCCGCCCACUUCCUCUCACAACAUCAACAACCAGAUGCUUUUUCAGUAUCCCGUCAGCGAAUCACAGCCAUCCUCCUUCUUUGUGGGCGGACCUAUGGUGAUUGACAGCAUGGCAGAGACGUGUCAGCAGGCCCCGCCCCCGGCCCCUCUGACCCCGGCCCCGCCCCCUCCGGCCCCACCGUGCAUCGCGGGUCCGAGUUUUACACCCCAGAGUUCAGAGACGAGCUUCGACUGCAGCCACUGCGGGAAAUCACUGCGAUCUCGCAAGAACUACAGCAAACACAUGUUCAUCCACUCCGGUCAGAAGCCCCAUCAGUGCAGCAUCUGCUGGCGCUCCUUCUCUCUGCGUGAUUACCUCCUGAAGCACAUGGUGGUCCACACAGGGGUCCGUGCGUUCCAGUGCUCCGUGUGUUCUAAGCGCUUCACCCAGAAGAGCUCGCUGAACGUGCACAUGCGCACUCACCGCGUGGAGCGCACCUUCUCCUGCAACGUGUGCCACAGAGCCUUCACGCACCGCACGCUGCUGGAGCGCCACGCCCUGCAGCACCAGCACCCGCCAAUCAAACCCAACAACAUCGACCAGGCGGGCGGGGCCGGCAUGGGAGGGGUCGGUAUGGGUGGGGCCAAUGGGGCCGGCUCCACCUCAUAGGAGAAACACGUUGAGGUGGGGCAGGCGUGGGUGGGGCCAACAGGGGGUUAGCCCCGCCACUUAGAGAAACAUCAGGGGGGGUGGACACGAUUCGCGGUUGCUGGGGUACCUCACUUUUGGAGGCGGAGCUUACCUUGUCGUCGAGCAAUACGUCCAGAGAGAGAUUAUAGAAGCCCGUGGUUACUGGCUACAAGAAAAUGGAGAGACAGUUCAGCGCCAGGUUUGGGGACGUCGAGCUUUUUGGAAUUAGCAUGUUUUCUUUGUCUGUUUGCAGUAACAACAUGCUAAAGCGUAGCCGUUUAGCUAAUGGUCAAACGGUAAUAGGAGAAACUUAAAACAGGAUAGGUGCAUUGUUUUUUCUGGAUGUUUGAAGUUGCUAGUUGACUAACGUUGAACCAGUGUUAGCAAGCAAUAACUUUGGCUAAUGCUAACUCAAUGUUAGUUCAGUGGAACUUGUUUAGGGGCUUCUAUGAAGGCAAAUUGUUUGUUUUUCACCUGUGAUUUGAAAACAGCUCUAAAAAUGCACAUGAUCAGCGUUAGCUAUGCUAGCUAGCUAAAUACAUGACGAAACACGUUCUUGUUAGCUAAAUUUGGUCUGUGUUUUCAUGAACGUAGCAGCUUUUGACCACUGAUUUAAGUGUUAACAUACACAUGAUUAGCAUUAGCUGUGCUGACUUCAACCUGUUUUCCCAUUAAUAUGACUUUAAUUUCUGAUUUGAGUAAUAAACUGAAAAAAUACACAUUAGCAUUAGCUUUGCUAGCGUGCUAACUGCAUGACAGAAGAUGUUCUAGUUGGCUGCCUUUGGUCUAUGUUUUCCUGAACGUAGCAGCUUUUGAGCACUGAUUAAAGUACUAAACACACAUGAUCAGUGUUAGCUAUGCUAGCUAGCCAACCACAUGAGGAGGAGCUGUUAGCCCACGUUAGCUAGUUCAAUAUUGUUCUUACACGUGUUCCGCACUGUUGGAGAUGCUAAAGAACCUCGCGGAACGAGUGGGUAGUUUAAUAGUAUAAAUAAACUCGCUCAGUCUUUAAUAUGUUGUUUACAGUCGACAGAGAAAACGUGUUAAUUUGCAGUUAACACAUUUUGAAUAGCGAGGUGUCCCCAAACUUUUGAUUCAUUUAUGUUGAAAAGUCUUAAAAAUAACUGCGUUCAGUUUUGUUUCAGUUCUAUAAGAGACGCUGAAAUGGAGCUCAGACCACACCUGCCCACAGGUGCCCGUCCAGACGCCCACGCGAAUCGUGUCCACCCAGAGAGAGAGUGAGUGUUUAAAGCGAUAGUUUGGCAAAAAGUGAAGUUUCCCCAGUUUUCCUGCCCUGUAUACCCCAAAGCAGUGGACCAGCUGAGGCCUGUUUAGUGUCUGAAGUUCACUUCUGCAGUUUCAGCGCUGGAGCUACGAGGCUAAUGUAGCUAAUAAGGAAAGGAAGCUUACAGC